GCACAAAUGAGUCACGCUUCUCCUCACUGACAGAAGCAGCAGAAGAAGUGACAGCUCCAGUGUUGACAGGAAGAGCUUCUUGGCUGUGUGCAGACAUGAGUGUUCCGGACUACCUGCAGUGUGCUGAAGACCAUCAGACAGUCCUGGUGGUGGUCCAGCCAGUGGGCAUCGUUCCCGAAGAGCAGUUCUUCCGCAUCUACAAGCGUGUGGCCAGCGUGAGUCAGGUCAGCAUCCGCGACUCCCAGCGCGUCCUGUUCAUCCGCUACCGCCACCAUUACCCACCUGAAAACAACGACUGGGGCGACUUUCAGACCCACCGCAAAGUGGUCGGCCUCAUUUCCGUGACCAGCUGCGGCUCAGCCAAAGAGUGGCCGCAAACUUCAGAUCGUUUCCACGGGCAGAAAGAGGUGUUCGGCUCCACACUGUACGACUCUCGCCUGCUGGUGUUCGGGCUGCAGGGGGAAGUGGCCGAACAGCAGAGGACAGACGUGGCCUUUUAUCCCAGCUUCGACGACUGUCCUGAUGUGGAGAAGCGAGUGGAGGAUUUCGUGGAGUCCAUCUUUAUUGUGCUGGAGUCCAAAAGGCUGGACAGGGCAACGGAUAAAUCUGGAGAUAAGAUACAGCUGCUGUGCGUGCCCUUCGAGAAGAAGGACUUUGUGGGGUUGGACACGGACAGCAGGCACUAUAAGAAGCGCUGUCAGGGCCGCAUGAGGAAGCACGUCGGGGAUCUGUGUCUGCAGGCGGGCAUGUUGCAGGACGCCCUCGUUCAUUAUCACAUGGCCGUGGAGCUGCUGCGCUCUGUUAAUGACUUCCUGUGGCUGGGAGCUGCUUUGGAGGGUCUGUGUUCUGCGUCUGUUAUCUUCCAUUACCCAGGAGGCACUGCAGGGAAGAGUGGAGCCCGCAAGCCUGGCGUCUCCUCUGCUGCAGACGCUGGAAAGAGACACAGACCUGGCGCUCAAGAAGUUCUCAUUGAUCCAGGUGCUCUGACGGCCAAUGGGAUCAGCGCAGACACAAGCACUGAGAUCGGCCGAGCCAAAAACUGCCUGAGUCAAGAGGACAUCAUCGAGAAAUACAAGGAGGCCAUUUCCUACUACGGCAAGUAUAAGAGCGCUGGAGUGAUUGAGCUGGAGGCCUGUAUUAAAGCAGUCCGAGUUUUGGCUAUUCAGAAACGAGCCAUGGAGGCAUCUGAGUUUCUCCAGAACGCAGUUUACAUCAACCUGGGCCAGCUGUCAGAAGAAGAGAAGAUCCAGCGGUACAGUGUGCUGUCGGAGCUGUAUGAGCUCAUCGGCUUCCACCGUAAAUCUGCUUUCUUUAAACGUGUUGCCGCCAUGCAGUGUGUGGCUCCCACAAUCCCUGAGCCGGGCUGGAAGGCCUGUUACAAACUCCUGUUGGAGACCCUGCCAGGAUAUAGCCUCUCGCUGGACCCCAAAGACUUCAGCAAAGGGACUCAUCGUGGAUGGGCAGCAGUGCAGUUGCGGUUGCUUCAUGAGCUUGUUUACGCGUCUCGUCGUAUGGGGAACCCAGGCCUGUCAGUCAGACAUCUCUCUUUCCUGCUGCAGACCAUGCUGGACUUCCUCUCAGACCAGGAGAAAAAAGAAGUGACCCAGAGCUUGGAGAACUACACGUCAAAGUGUCCAGGAGGAAUGGAGGUGAUCAGCCUUCCUGACGGACUCAAACUUCCCCCUGUUCCUUUCACCAAACUGCCCAUCGUCAGAUCAGUGUCUCUGCUUAACCUCCCAGUAGGCCUGCGUCCUCACAAGGUGAAAGGCCUUUUGGCACAGGGAAUGUCCACCGCCAGUCCAUUCAUCUACUCUCCCAUCACCGUGCACAGCAGAGGGGACGAGCGCUCCAAGAAGAUCGAUUUCCAGUGGGUUCAGGGCGAUGUGUGUGAGGUGCAGUUAAUGGUCUACAAUCCAAUGCCUUUUGAACUGCGAGUGGAGAAUAUGGGUCUGUUGACAUCCGGUGUGGAUUUCGAGUCUCUUCCUGCUGCUCUGUCUUUACCGGCGGAGUCUGGUCUUUAUCCGGUUACUCUGGUUGGAGUUCCUCGCACUGCAGGCAACAUCACAAUCAACGGUUAUCACACGUCCGUGUUCGGGGUGAGCAGUGACUGUAUCCUGGAGGGUCUGAUGGGGGUGAAGAGCAGCGGGUGUAUGGUGGAGGUGGUCCCGUCGCUGCCUCGACUGCAGCUCAGCACGUCUUUACCCAGGUCAGCUCAUCUCUCCACUGAAGACCUGUCCACCAGCGUGUCCCUGCAGCUGUUUAAUGGUGAGACUCAACAGCUGACCAUCACUUUGGAGAACAUCGGCACAGAGACGCUGAACACGCUGGAGCUGACGUCCAAAAUUCUCAGCACUAAAGAGAAGCUGUUUGGUGAGUUCUUGAGCUGGGAUCUGCAGGACGCUCUGUCCCGCCUGCCUCUCAAAUCCGGUCAGUCCAUCUCCAUCCCGGUCAACAUCCGGGCCAAACUGGACUUCUCCGGUCAGGAAAACCUGCUUCAUGACCUGAACGAUGAUGGUAUCAGUGUAACAGGUCUGCCUGUUUCCAGCCCGCUAAGGCAGGUCUUAAAGCCACGCGCUGAAAAUAAACCAGCCACCACUGACGCCAGCAAGAGCGAGUACAAUCACGUCAAGACGCUGGAGGCUGUGUUGACCUUUAAGUACAGCGGUGGAGCAGGUCAGGUGGAAGGCUACUACCGAGAGCUCAGUCUGGGGGUCCGAGUCGAUGUCGAACCAUCAGUUUUCUUCACGAGGGUCAGCACUUUACCUGCCACCAGCACUCGUCAGUGUCACCUGCUGCUGGAUGUGUUCAACUCCACUGAACACCAGCUCACGCUCUCUGCCAAAAACAACCAGGACCUGGUGCUGCACGCCAGCGAGUGUCAGAGGAUGGCCAUUCAGGUGGAUAAGUUUGAUUUUGAGAGUCUGCCUGUGAUGGACCAUGAUGCAUCUGGCCUGUCUACUGUCCGCCAGCAGGAGGAGAAGAGACAGCAGGUUCAGGGAGGACUGAUCAACAGCACACUGGACAUCCACUGGACCAUCUCGUCUCUUCAGCGCGGCGGGGAGGCCAGUGUGGAGGGCGUCCUUAACCAGCUGAUCCUGGAGCAUCUGCAGCUGGCUCCUCUUCAGUGGGAUGUGCUGGUGAACGGGAAGCCGUGUGAUUGUGACGUGGUUGCCGACUGUAAUGUUGGAGAUGCCGUGCCGUUAGAGGUGAAACUGACCAAUCGCAGUAAGAGCGCCGUCGGGCCCUUUUCUCUGACCGUCGUCCCCUUCCAGGACUAUCAGAACGGGGUGCAAAACUACGAGCUGCAGGACGCCGUCACCUUCAUCGGCUCCAACACCUUCUACAUCAACUCGGUGAAACCCACAGAGGACUCAGUGUGUGUAGGAGCUCUGCUCUUCUUAUACACCGGCGACUUCUUUCUCAACAUCAAGUUUCAGGAUGACAGCGCUGGACGAGAGCUGCCCCCAGCCUGGUUCUGCCUGCCCAGCGUCCACAUCAAAGCCCAGGAGCCAAUUGAAGCCGGCGCAUGACCUUUGACCUCUGACAGACUCAGUAGGCCUCUGAGCUGAUCUAGAUAUUUAUUACAGAGUCUAGAGUAUCAGUGGACGAAGCUGCAGAUGUUGCCAAAUCCUCCACUUUAGGUUUAGUUUUUCUCUUUAACUCUUAAAAACUGGCAGAAAAGAUGAUCAUUUUUCUGAAAACCAAUGUAAAAUGUGAAAUCUGCUGGUUAGCUUCAUGAGUCAGUUUAAGGAAACUUGUCCAGCUUAUAUUUUAAGCAAACAUGUAAAGAAACAGCAAGAAUAAUUCAGAUUUAUUUGAAACUUUAAUCUUGAAGGCAUUUUCUUUUCGAUUAUGACAUUAUUUUAAUCAUAAUAAAGCACUUUUUUUUUGCACAACUCUCAUUACUGUAAUGUUUACUUUAUAAAAAAAUACUAAUGAAUUAGUAAAAAAAAUUUGAUGGCAACAUAAUUUAAGCUUAUAUUGAAUACUAAUAAUUAUUAAUAAAUAUAUAACCCAUAAAUUUAUAUAUACUGUAUAUAGUUUUUAGUUUUAUAGUAUUUUCACUUUUCCAACUAACAAUAUAUAUACAGUAUAUAGUUAAACUAAGGAAAUUAAGAAACUACUUGAAUUUAUUUAUUCAUUCAUUCAUUUAAACAGAGAGCAAAAAUCAGUCAAAGGCAUUCGAAAGAUGUGGGGAAAAAUAUUACAAAAGUCUUUAUUCACAUGGCUAAUCUUUAAAGAACUUACACAUUUUGGCAGAGAGCUGUCUUCAUCAGGGUAACAGUGAUCAGGUGAGUAUGGAGUUUUUUUAUUUUAAAUCUAUGGUCUCAUUACUCAUUAGAAUAUCGAAACCAUAUUAAAACAAUAUAUUAAACAACGUCAACUCAACAAUCAUCAUUAAUUUAGCAUUAGAGGAAGGAAUAUAUAUAUAUAUACAGUAUA